CACACAUGCUUCUUAAAGACCACGUGUUUGUGUACUUUCAUCAUGUCUGCCCCGAGUCCUCCUAUUGCUUCUCCUGUCCCUCCUGUAGUCGUCCCUACGCCAUCACCUCAGGCUUCUAGCCCAGAGUCUCCUCCACUCAAGAAUCCAGGGGAAUAUGAAGAGAUAGGGAAAAAGACAAAAGAGUCUAUUCUUCCAAGCAAUUUUGAUGGUUGCAAGUUAGUCUUACAGAAAGGUCUGAGUCAGCACUUUCAGACAUCACAUACGGUCACUUUGGGCUCAAGCUCUGCUCCUUCUCAGUGGCAGUUUGGAGCCACUUAUGUGGGACACAAUAAAGUUGGAGAGAAUGAUUUUCGUCCAGUUCUUCUUGGAGACAUUGGUACCACUGGUAAUUUCACUGGUGUCUUCCUGCAUCAGUACAAAAACCUGAAACUAAGGAUCAAUGCACAAACUCAAGGCUCUAAGUGGGUAGGAUAUCAGGGGACUGCUGAUUAUCUUGGACAGGAUUACACAGGAUCAUUAACAUUAGCUAACCCUGAUGUCAUAUCAGGAUCAGUCAUUGCUGUUGCACAAUAUUUGCAAUCACUAACUUCAAGGUUAAGUUUAGGGACAGAGUUACUAAUACAGAAAGGUGGUGGUAUGGAAUUGGGUGCACUCUCCGUUGGAGGAACAUACAAGACAUCAUCUUGGGAGGCUGCAGCUAAAAUAGGAAUGCAGUGGUACCUUUCAUAUGUACAGAAAAUACCAAAUGUUAAGGAGCUAACACUAGUAGCUGAAUGUGAAGGUAGUCUGAUGAGUGGUGAGACUGUAUCAGCCAUUGGAUAUCGCUACGACGUUGGCAACGGCUCUGCCACAUUUAAAGGCAAAGUGGACUCAAAAUGGACAAUAGGUGCACUAAUAGAGAAGAGAUUGGACCCACUACCAGCCAACCUUCUUAUAAGUGGACAGCUCAACCACAUAAAUAAUGAAGCUAAAUUUGGGGUUGGUUUCAUGAUUGGCUAAAGAUUAUAAGUUAAUGUAUGUAUGUAUGUGUGUAUGUAUCAUUUUGGAAAAUUGGAUUUUUUGUUAUUAAGUUAUUAUUUAAUGUACUUAUUAUUAUUAUUUACAUGUGUAUUUAAUGUAUAAUAAUGGUAGCACUCUAUGAGUGUUAAUAUUUA